CUCUUCUUGUUCAUAGUGGAGAUUUUUUAGAUGAGGAAGAAAUAAUAUUUUCUUUGGUUUUUUUGGUUAAAAAAUAUUUGUUGUUUUAAUUUAAAUGCAAUGAAUGCAAUUUUUGAUAAAAAAUUUUAAAAAUUAAAGUGUUUUGCUUGAGAUUAAACCUGAAGCAAAAGAAGCCGAUCACAACAAGAACUAGAAAAUACCUUUGUGCAGUGUGUGUGUUGUAAAUCUGACGCGCUAUUGAUGUUCCUGCGAAACAAUUCUAAUUGACGCAAGCAUCUUGGAGUUUUUUUUUUGCAUAAGUGAGGUGAUUUUCUGAAAAUCUCUUCUAAAGUGCAAAAAAAGGAAGGAAAACUUCAAAAUUUGAAAUGAAUUCGAUCAUUAGACAUUCUGUGCCUGCCGAUCAAAUGCAUAGUUUCCUCAAGGACAAGCAGGCGUGGGAGAAUGCCAUAGCCUUGUAUCAGGGUCCCGACCCUUUAGAUCAUUGGUGGAACUAUAUAUGUUGGUAUGAAAAUCAUGGUCAUGGUGAUCCAGAUAAUAAAUUUCGUGAAACAUUGGAAAGGUGUUUAACGCUUUAUGAGCACAGUGACUAUUAUAAGAUGGACGUGCGUAUGGUGCGUCUGUGGUUAAAGUACAUUGAUAUGCAGAACAAUCCACUGCAUUUCUAUCAAGUUUUACAUCAAAGAGGUGUGGGCAAACAGGUGGCCUGCUUCUAUAUUGGCUGGGCAAAUUAUUACGAGUCCAUUAAUGCCUUUAAAGAAGCUGAAGCUGUAUAUAUUCUGGCCUUUCAGGAAAAAGCCCAACCUUAUGCAGAAUUACAUCAUGGCCAUAGCAAAUUAAUGUAUAGCAAAACUAUGCAUGCUCAGGCCCAACAACAGCAAUUGCUGCAUCCUCAGCAUGCUGCUUAUCAAACAACUACUGCGAACAGUAAUGUUGGAACUUCUACGGCUAAUCCCAAUGUUGGUAAUAUGGAAAUACAUCAGCAACAGCAACAACAACAGCAGCAGCAAUAUCGUCAACAAGUUUCCUAUCAUCAUUCUGCAAAUCAUCAAACGCAACAACAACAACAACAAAUGGCCCAUCCAACCACUUCACAUCAUCAAUAUAAUCAACAUCCUGCUGCAGCUGCUGCUCAGCAGCAACAACAACAGCUUCAAACACAUGGAUAUCAUAACCUACCGAAUCAUAAUCAUUAUCCAGCACAACAUCAAAACUUACAGGAUACCCCACAUCAUCAACAUGUCCAUCCUCAGGCCCAAAUACAAACGGCAGCAAAUGUCCAUCAGCAUAAAGAAUCUAAUGAGCAGGUUGCUGCAACUCCUGCUUACAAUACGCAACAAAAAAUCGUACAUAACACCCACCAACAACAGCAACAUAAUGUCAAUACACAGCAUAUACAACAGCAACAAAUUGCUGUUGUUCAUCCACAGCCGCAAAUACAAUCCCGGCAAGAACAAGCUGGUUAUAAUGUUCCCGUAGAACAACAAUUGCCCGCAGCAACGGCAGGCAUGAGUCGCCAACAAUAUGAAAGAGCUGUAGAGGCUUCUAGCAAACGAAAUGGAGUGGAAAAUGCUCCACAAGCAAAUAGUAGUAGCACAAACAUACUAGUGGCAGGCAUAAGACUGCCUAAAAAAUUUGCUACAUACUGUCGAAACAAUCAUGAAACCUGGCAACCGGCACUAUUUCUGGAGGAACCAGAUGAUCCCCAAAAGGUCUGUCACUAUGCGAAAUCUUUAGUUUAUCCUCCUGAUUUGGGUGUAGAAUUUAGUCCCGAAGAGAUAAAAGCCAGACGUUGUAAAUAUAAAAUGGAAGAAGUGAAACAAGAAUAUAACCCACAACAAAAUUACCAAACACAACAGCACGUGGAGCAAGAACAGAGCAAUAGAGAAGCCCAAAGUAGUGGCACACAAGCCCAACAGAAUCUUAAUGUACAAGUGCAGGAGAUUGGUUCGAUUAAAACGGAAACCACCACCAACACAACAACAACUGCAGCCAAGUAUCAGCAAACGCAACAAUAUUAUGUACAACAUCAACAGCAGCAACAAUUGCAUCAUAUUAACAAUAAUCAUUUAUAUUACCAGCAACAGCAGCAACAUGAAACUCAAUUGUAUCAACAAGAACAGCAACCUCAAACACAACUAGAUCCUCAGCAACAACAACGACAGCAAUUGCAAAUGCAGCAACAGCAACAACAAUAUAAUGUAAAUCAUUAUGAACAACAAAGAUAUCAACAACGUCAACAUGAGCACCAACAACAACAGCAGCAGCAGCAAUACACUAAAGUUGAAGAAGAGGAAACUGAAGGUGAUCAAGAAGAUGAGGAUGAAGACAAUCAGGAUACAGAAGAUGAACAACAACAAUACAACCAACAACUUCCUCAACAGCAUCCUAACUAUCAAUAUCACCAUCAUAAUCAACAACAAAAACCAUCAGCACAACAACAUCUUAACAAUUUAGAUAACGAAGGUGAUUUAGAAGAUCAAAUUGAAGCCUCCACAAUACGUUUCAGUAUGCAUACGCCCAAUAAAGGAUCUCAAAAUAAAACAUUGAAAAUUAAAUUUAAAAAAGAAAGACCCACGGCUGUUGGUGAUACUCCCAAUGGCAAUAACAACUAUAGUGCCUAUACUAUAGAGCGUAUAUAUCAGCCAGAGCUUGAAUCACCUUCGAUGGCUGAAAAUGUCCUUAAACGCAAUGGCAACAAUAAUAGUUUCCAUCCAUAUAUUUCUUCCACACCAAAGACCUCAACUAAGCGCCAGAAAACGAAAUUGAAAAAACCUUCCAAUAAAUUCCACAUGUUGGGCUCCACAAAUAGUAAUUCUUCCUCUGCGGAAAAUGGCCAUGCUACUCUAAACAAUAGCUACAUAAUGGAAAAAACACUUACAGCCACCUCAGAAAAUAAAGCACACCACCAACAUCAAUUGGAACGUUCUGUGCAAAAUGCCACCUUUAACGAUAAUGCCAAUUAUUCAUUUUCUUCAGCGGUCGCUUUAGACAACUCCAACUGCUCGCUUAGCAAUGCAGUGGGUCGCCUUAAUUUCCGUGAUGCUACCGCUUUAAAUAAUUCCACUUUAAAUCAAACUCAUGUUGCCGAUAUUUCCACCUAUCAGGAAAAUUCAUAUUUCUCCACUCAAAAUGAUGUCGAAGCUAAGGAACGUCGUUUAGCUAAAGCUUUGGAAACAAUCGAACGUCAUAUGGCCAAAGAGGCUAUCGAUCCAUUCAGUAGUGAAUUGUGUCGUGCUUUCCUAACGAAACUCGAUUUUCCCGGCGCCAAUGGAGAGGCUCAUGAUAAUUAUAAAAUAAUACAGACCCCAUUACCUAAAAUAGCUAAUACACGUCAAUUGAAUUUAUCGGAUGGCAUACAAUUUAACAUCGACAAAGAAAUCGGUCGCGGUUCGUACGGUUCAGUGUAUAAAGCAACUGAUGUGGCCACGGGAGCUGUGGUUGCUUUGAAAUUCCAAAAGCCAGCAAAUACUUGGGAAAUUUAUAUAUGUGAUCAGGUUCUUAAAAGAGUACAAUCACCAAAUAUUUUACCUGGUCUGAUGGAUAUUUCAACCGCUAUUAUUGCCCCAAAUGCCAGUCUUAUUGCAACAGAGUUCUCUCCUUACGGCUCUCUACUCGAUAUCAAUAAUAAAAUCCGACAAGCCACUACCAAAGUAAUGCACGAAUCUCUGGUCAUGCAUUUCUCGGCACAAAUUUGUAAUAUUAUACAUCAUCUACACGAGAAUAAAAUCAUACAUGCCGAUAUAAAACCCGAUAAUUUCCUAUUAAUGCGUGUCCCCAGUACAGAUUUGCAUUUUCCCUCAUUGCGUCUAAUUGAUUUUGGCUGUGCUAUCGAUAUGACCCUAUUUCCCGAGGGCGACAAGACGAAAUUCCGUAAAGUUAUACAAACAGAUGGUUUCACUUGCAUAGAAAUGCAGGAGGGUCGUUCGUGGUCAUACGAGACCGAUUUGUUUUGCAUUGCAGGCACAGUGCACGUCAUGUUAUUUGGAGAAUAUAUGCAGUUGCAAAAACGUGCUGGUACAUGGGACAUCAAACAAAAACUGCCAAGAUAUUUGAAGAAACAUGUAUGGACCCAGUUCUUUGGCGAUAUAUUAAAUAUAAAACCGGAUAAACCAUUGCCUGAUUUGAGAGAAAUGCGUAAUAUAUUUGAAGAAGAAGCUUCAAAAAUGGAUUCCGAGUUACAGAAACAAAUGCGUACUCUAUCCAAUAUUCUACAUAGGCGAUAAUUAAGUUUUUUUUUUUUAAUAUAUUCAUUACAACUAUUAACAAUAAUGUUUUAAGAACUAAAUAAAAAAGGAAAAAACACAA